AUGGAUGCCCAGUUCGGAGCAGCAGUGAUGCACCAACCGGUGAUGCUGGAAGGGUUGGAAGAAAGUUUGCUUUUUGCAUUGGCUGAUUCCGAAGAUCGCCUCCAAGUCGGCAGCAUGUUUGACCUGCCGAGCGCAAAACGUGUUCGUCGCGAACAACUUCUUUCCCGUGAUUCCUCAUCCCCAUCUCCAUCACCACCACCAGAAUCAGCUCUUUCCGAAGCCCAUCAACGCCUCGGCGAAUUACUGAACCUCGACACAUUCGUCGCCCCCGUUGAUCUUACCCCAUCGCAGCCCGACCAGGACGAAGAAGAGGAGCAAGAAUUCGAGUUCCGACUGUUCAGUGCGCCAGCAAAGACACAAAAACAUGAUGCAUCACAAGCACAAACACAAGCGACGAGCUCAAAGGGCACCAACGGGGAUCAAACCCACGUGACUCAAAAGUUGCGGAUUCGGUUACGGUCUCCGACGCCCGGAGUGGGAGGGAUCGAGGACGGAGGAUUUGUGAAUCCAUUUCGUGGAUGGGGAUAUUACUUUUCUACGCCGACGUUGUUCGGGACUGGAGGGAAUGAGGAUCCCCAGCUGGCGGUGAAACGGAAACAGUUUGCUGAUGUGGCUGUCUCGGGACAUGAUAUGUUAACCCGGGCUACGGUUUCUUGGCCUGGUUGUCAUCUACCUUGGCGCGUGGUACGGCUGAAACGACAACAUACGAAGCUUCCUCGAGGAUCGGAGGAUACUACAAUUGUUGCGAGUAAUGUGGAGAGUCAAGACAGGUCCCCCAAAUCACGUACGAAGCCGGGAAAAAAGCGACGCCUUCAACUUCGCAAGCGCGUUAAGGCUGCGGAGCAGGCCAACGAAACGGAGGCGGAGAAACGGAAUCGCAAGAACCGGGAAAGGAAGAUUAAACGGAGGCAGAAGGCGCGGGAAAUGAAAGCUGCUGCUGCUGCGGGUCAGGCUCCGGAUGUUUCCUCUGUCGGGUUGGCUGAAGAUGUGCCUUCGCAGAAUGGAGGUAAUUAG